GCGGCGGCUCCGGGUGUCCCUUCCCGGUCCCUCGGUGGUGUGCUGGGAGAAGUGGGGACAUGAACUAGUGGUGACAGCCGCAGAUAGGAGAUCCCCGGAGAGCCUCGGGGGGCGCAGGGUGGGCGACAGGGGCCCGGCGCGGCUCGAAUGCCGCCCUGUGACCGCGGAGACGAGCCGGCGGUCCCUGCUCGCCUGGCUCUGAGUCUGAGGCUGUCGCGGUGGUGGAAUGCAAAAGCCAGGACGUAAUGGAGACAGGACUUGAAGACCCUUCCACAAUGCCCGAGGAAAGUUCUCCCAGGCAGACCCCACAGAGUGUUCCGUACCAGGACCUCCCUCACCUGAUCAAUGCAGAUGGACAGUACCUCUUCUGCAGGUACUGGAAACCCACGGGCACACCCAAGGCCCUGCUCUUUGUGUCCCACGGUGCUGGGGAGCACUGCGGCCGCUAUGACGAGCUGGCUCAGAUGCUGAUAGGGCUGAACCUGCUGGUGUUUGCCCACGACCAUGUUGGCCACGGACAGAGCGAAGGGGAGAGGAUGGUCGUGUCUGACUUCCAUGUUUUCGUCAGGGAUGUGCUACAGCACGUGGAUACCAUGCAGAAAGAAUACCCCGGGCUUCCUGUGUUCCUUCUGGGCCACUCCAUGGGAGGUGCCAUCGCCAUCCUCACUGCCGCAGAGAGGCCAGGCCACUUCUCCGGCAUGGUGCUCAUUUCGCCCCUGGUUCUUGCCAAUCCUGAAUCUGCAACAACCUUCAAGGUCCUUGCUGCAAAAGUGCUCAACCUCGUCCUGCCAAACAUGUCCCUGGGGCCAAUUGACUCCAGCGUGCUCUCUCGGAAUAAGACAGAGGUUGACAUCUAUAACUCAGACCCCCUCAUCUGCCGGGCGGGACUGAAAGUGUGCUUCGGCAUCCAGCUGCUCAAUGCCGUCUCACGGGUGGAGCGAGCCCUCCCCAAACUGACCUUGCCCUUCCUGCUGCUGCAGGGGUCUGCUGAUCGCCUGUGUGACAGCAAAGGGGCCUACCUGCUCAUGGAGUCAGCCAAGAGCCAGGACAAGACACUCAAGAUUUACGAAGGUGCCUACCAUGUUCUCCACAAGGAGCUUCCUGAAGUAACUAACUCUGUCUUCCACGAAAUAAACAUGUGGAUCUCUCAAAGGACAGCCGCGGCAGGAACCCGGUCCCCGCCCUGAACGCACUGGCCGGACGACCAGCUCAGUCUGGGGGAAGCAGGCAGAGGAAGGGUAGAGAUGGCUUCACAGAUGUGGCUUGAAAAAAAAAAACAUUAUGAAUUGGAGGAAUCCCUAGCACAAUUUACUAAAACAACAAAAAGACAUUUUUACUUUAUAUUAGACUAUGGGCCACUGGAUCUACCUUAGGAAGUGGACACUUUAUGCAGAAAAAAAAAAAAGAGAGAGAAGGGUACAGGUGAUUUUCUAGAGGGAAAUAUCCUUUUAAACAAAAGCAAAGCCUCUGCCCCGCCUCUCCCAGCUGCCACAAGGUUCCCCGGAAUCCCUGGUGUUUCGGGAUACCAGACUGCAACAACUGGAGGAGUCUCCCCUCCUGCCCAGCCCCUCGAGCUCUCCCCCUAGUCCCCCCGCAGCAGCUGCAACUCUAUGGCCUUCCUCUGGCCGUGUGACAAGGUGGCUGGUGUCUUCAUAGAGCCAGACUCACAUGCCCCUCUGAGGCCCAGAGAAUGCUAGGCACUUCCUUAAAAUGAGCAGCCACCAGGAGCCUCGUCGAGGAGGGGGUGAGCCCGCAAAGACUCUUCUCCUUCUCCCCUGCCCUCCUGCCAGGAGGUGCCCGCUGAGUGCUGUGUGUAUUCAAAGAGGCUGCCUUUCCUCGCGUGACUACUUUUACCUGAUGCUAUGACGGAGAAUUGCACUGAAGGUGAAAUAUCUAUUAUAUAACGUAUAUUCUAAAGCAGAGGCUAUUUUGAGGGGCAGGGGGGUGGGAGUUAGGGGAGCUUGAAACUGGCAGCCUGAGAGGGGGACGAGACCGGGACCUUCCUGCAGGUGAGGGCCCAGGGAGCAGUGGCAGCCUGCAGGAGUGUCGCUGAGCCUGGGCCUGCCCGCAAGUCUCAGGGCUGGCAGCACAGCUACCUCUGGUGGCAGAAGAGAGUCCCAGCACCGUGGCAGGCCUGGCCUCCCCACCCAGGGCUGCAUGGAGCAUUUAGACUGAGAGCAGGGACGGGGCAGCCCCCACCCUGCCCGGGCCACAGCAGGACGCAGUGCCAGGCUCGCUAAGACAGAAGCCCCAGCCUGGUCUGCCCUUCUCAGGUGCCAGCCCCACCCAGCCCUGCCCUUGGCCUCACUUAGUGCCAGCAAUAAUUGAGGAUCCCCGCCCACCUCCGGAAUGCUUUCACCUUCAAAUUGGGACUUGAUGUUACCUCAAGAGGCUCCUUAGUGUGAAUAUGACCCUGGGUGGGGGCACUGCCACCAUAACCUCCACGGAAGGUGCGAUCCAGGGGCCCCAGGGCUGCGGAGGAGGUGGCCACCCCCUGCCAGGGCUCCUCGACACGGGGGCUGGGGUCAGUGGUUCGGGCCCUUGUUCUUCCAGCAGCGGGAACUGCUGCCCCUCACCCACGCCCUGUUCUUCUCAGGGCUUAUUCUGGGUCCCUGGAGAGGGAAGCCCCUCUGCCCUUCCUCCAGUGACCUGAAUGCACCAUGGUAGGGCCAAGAGCUGGCCACCCUGCCGACGAACAUUCUGUGCCCCCGGCUGCGGGGGUGUGUGCUCUUGACCUGCCCCUCAGGAGUGGCCCGCGGGCCAGGCAUAGGCCGUGUGCUGACCAGCCCAGGCACCUCAGACAGCGGCUUCCUUUGUCUUGACAUUUCUAUGGCUUCUCUUUGGAGGAGAAAAAUGUAAAGUUGCACUGAGAGAGCUCAGGCCCCGCCUGCUCAGUGAGCCUGGGACAUGCAAGCGGCCAUGUGUUUUUGCCUCUCAGACUAGGAAAAGCAGAAAUCCCAUCUGAAAACCGAGACGCUCCUGGGCUCAGAUCUGUAAUUGUCACCAGGAGCAGUGAUAGUGCAGGUCACACAGAGUCCCCACCCCCUGCCCCCAUCACCUCUCCCAGAAGCAUGUGAUGGCAAUACCAUUUCCUGAAUUAAAUUUCGGGCACAUGGUUCAACCAAGGACACUUUCAGAUGCAUGGCUUUAUUUAUAUGAAAGCUCUUACAGAGACACAUACAAAUUCAAUAGCCUUUUCAUGUCUGGUUAAAGAGUUGCCAAUAUUAAAAAGAAAAAAAAUUAUCUGAAAUUGGGACUGUCUCACAUAAUCUGGAAGAGGGGACGGGGGAUGUCUACAGGCCACAUGCACAUGCUGAAUUGGGAGCCAGUGCAGUGAUAUCUCACAGAGGCCACGCCAGAGCUGUGAGCCCCGGCUUUGGGAAGCUAUGUGAGCCUUGAGUUGAGUUCAUUCUCAAUAUUGAUGGCUCUGGGCCAACACUCUGCGCUUCAAAGUCGUGCCAUUGCAGGGUGUGGAUGGACUUGGGUUUGGAAGGGAUGCUACGUCAUGCAUGGCUUGGCCUCGAGAAGGCAAGAGGACAGCAAAGGCCAGGGAGGGGCACAGAGAUGCAGCUGGUCCACACCCGGCCUGGGGUACCAGGCCCAAGCACAGAUGUGAACAAGCACCUUCCCCAGCAGCCCAGAGGUAAUGCUGGUCCAUACAUAAAUGGGUUUCAUGCCUGAAAACGUUUUUAGGAAACAGUGCCACCUGCAGCCAGGCCCCAGUUCCUUUGCAGAGAUGGGGGGAGAGGAGCGGGCAGCCUCCACCCUUCCGCGGCAGCCCCUGCUGCCCCCUCAGCCUUUGGACAGCACUGGGGCUCCUGUGAGGGCACUGAAGGACGCUCCAGAAACUCUCAGCAUCCCACUUCCAGGCCCCACGAGGCUUCUGUCUUGCACUCUUUUCUUUCUCUCGCCGAUUGCUCACAUAACCUAUUAGGACCACGGUGAUUUUCUAAGCAAUGUAUCAGUUCGUUGUUAUCACUGCAGCUGUCACAGCCCUCCAUGUGUACCGUUAGGGGGGAUGUGUAUCUAAGAACUAUUAAAGGAACCAAUGUAUGCUACAGCUAAUCCUAAUAAACCAGAUGUUUUCUGAA